AUGACGAUGAAGUAUUUGCUCCUCGCAAUUUCAAUGUUUAUUACAUUGAAUAAUUGCACAUCACCAGCACUGCAUGGUGGGGAUUCGCCUCAACUGGGAACUUCUCUUGCUGGAAAUCAGACCAUAAUGUCAAAGAAUGGUACGUUUGCAUUGGGAUUUUUUAGUCCCAGAGGAACGAAAAAUUGGUAUGUUGGCAUCCGGUACGCAGGAGUCUCUCCGAAGGUCAUUGUUUGGGUGGCUAAUAGAGACAAUCCUGUCAGAGGCAUAGUGGGCGUUCUGAAAUUUUCAAGCGACGGUCGUCUCAGACUGUUUGAUAGAAAGGGCCGGUCUGUUUGGUCCCCUGAUAUUUGUGUCAAAGGAUGGUGGGCUGUCUUAAAGGAGUCUGGCAAUUUCAUUAUGAUGGGUCACAGCCACAACAAGUCAGUGAUUGUUUGGGAGAGUUUCGAUUACCCGGGGGAUACAUGGUUGCCUGGCAUGAAGAUGUGGAAAGGCAUGAAGCUGACUUCUUGGAAGAGUUCUGUGGAUCCUGCAACUUGGCUCUUCUCUGUAGGAAUUGACAUGUCUCCACGAAAGACACAGAUGGUGAUGGCGUAUAACAGCAGCGUUCCAUAUUGGUCCAGUGGAGAGUGGACUAUUAAAUCUUACAAUGAUACAACAGCAGCUUUAAAUAAGCUUCCAACUACACUGGAAACUGAAGAGACACAGGUUUGGAGGGAAGGCAAUGAUGUCCGUUGGUCUUCAUCUUAA